CUCACACUCCCAUCUUUCAGCUUCCUGUACCACUAUAUCCCCUUUCUCCAUCUCCAGCUCCCAGCCAAACUUUUCCUCCUUCCUUUCUCCUGCCUUUUCUUCCCAUCGUCUCGUUGAGCUUGCUCGAUGCACACAUGUGCAUCUCAAUGGGAGUCAGCUGAGCUCAUGCCAGCAACAUCGUACCUAGUCACACUUCCAAUAUAGUCUCGUGUGAAGAGGAAGAAGAGAUCGAGCAGGGGCACGGAGGAGAUCGAUCAGUAACUGCAGUACUAGGAGAGGAGUAGAUCUUGAUAUCAAGAUAGUACUACUUAUACACUGCAAGGCCUCCCGGCCGGCAGCAGCAGCAAACUACUACGCCAAUGUUGCCUUACCCUAACCCCCACCGCUUCUGGAUCUCCCAAGAAGCCCCCACGCAGCAGGCGCCAAACCCUACCUUCGCCAUGCCGCCCACCCAUGCCCAUCUGGAUCAGAAUCAGAAUCACAUUCAGCACUACGACCACUUCUUCCCCGGCCACGGCCAGCACUUCAAUUCUGAGACACUGGAGGCAGUGCUCCGGCCGCGUCCGACCGUGGUGCCUCCGGCGACCGGGUCAACGCUGGAGCCUGCUGCACAUAACGCCGGUGGCGGGGUGGCCGCUAUCGGCCAUGGCAGGCCGCGGAAGAGGCCGUUCAGGACGGACAGGCACAGCAAGAUCCGGACGGCGCAGGGCGUGCGCGACCGCCGGAUGCGCCUGUCCCUGGACGUGGCGCGCGACUUCUUCGCGCUGCAGGACCAGCUGGGCUUUGACAAGGCCAGCAAGACCGUGGACUGGCUGCUCACUCAGUCCAAGCCGGCCAUCGAGCGCCUCUCUGCCGAGUCUUCCUCCUCCCGGCGGCUCAACGUCGUCCGUGCCGGGGAAAAUCAGGGCAAGGAGACGGAGGCUGCAGCCGGGUCAGGGAAGGGGGCAUUGGAUGUACUGGAGAAGGCGAUGAGGGCCAGAUCAGGUGGAGGGACGUCGCUGCCCAUGGAGCACACUAGUUGCGAGAUGCUGAACGGCUGCGGCCGCCUCGUGUCGGCGCUGCCGAUGAGUACCGGGGAGUACUACUACGACCUCGGCGAGUUGAUGUUGAGCAACAAUGGAGGAGGAGAAGGCGACGACGACGGCGAGUACGAGGAAGAUGGUGAUUUCUUGGACGGUAUGCAAUACUAGCUAGUUUGUAGUUCUAUAGUUCCAGCUUUGUUGCGUGUGGUUUUUCUCUAGUACUCUACUACAUUUAGCAACUUAAUUAUUAGGUCUUGAUUUGCCGAGCACUUCUCAGUUCUCACUCGUCUUUGUUUAUUUCAUGUGUACGGAUCUAGUAAUAUACUAUUCCCUGCAAAAACAAAUUACUACUAGCACUACUAAUUUGCAAAAUUGAUGGUUAGUUUGAUUCUGUAAUUUAUGCUUUGCUCUUGAGAUUCUGACUGGCUAUGUAAGAUUUGGCUUUCUUUCAUGCCUAAGGAGUAAGCUUUUCUUGA